AUGGAUGAACAACCAGCUUUGCGCUGGUCAGGCUCUUUUGGAGUUCUGUCCAAUACAGCUACAGCCCCCAAAACGCUGUCUGGUGACAAGAUUAUCCUUCCACAGUCUGCCUUGGAACAGCUUCUUGCAGCUGCACCAUCGCAACCGAUAACCGCCUCAAGCUUCACGGCGUGGGAUCCUCACAAUCCCUAUCGAUCGAAUGGAUUCGUUUCAGAUCAACGACAGCAACUUCCACAUCCACUUACGUUUCGUCUCGUAAAUAGCCAAAAUGGCAACGUUGUCUUUGCUGGCAUUCGAGAGUUUUCUGCGCCAGAAGGAACUAUGGGCCUGAGUUCGUUCCUGAUUGAAGCUUUGGGCAUUGAACCGCAGGAGCUAGCUGUCAAGAAUGGCAACGGCACAUCCGAUAUCGAUACUAUAGACCUUACUGGCGGCGACGCCCCCGUGACGAGUAACUCGUUACAAAUAACUGUUCAUGCGACUCCGGUGCCGAAGGGAACAUAUGUCAGGCUGAGACCUCUGGAGGCAGGGUAUAAUCCGGAUGAUUGGAAGUCCUUAUUGGAGCGACACCUUCGAGAACAUUAUACGUGUCUGACCAAGAACUCUAUUCUUUCCGUCAAUGGAGUUAGGGGCGAGACGUUCAAGUUCUUGGUGGACAAGCUUUCUCCGGAAGGGGAUGGCAUUUGCGUCGUUGACACGGACCUGGAGGUUGAUAUUGAAGCGCUUAAUGAAGAACAGGCACGAGAAACGAUGCGACAGAUCAUGACCAAAGCUCAGACUGAAGUGGCUGGCGGCGUAUCUAAAGGCGGCGAUCUCGACAUAUGGAAAGACGUCUCUGGGAGCGUACAGCCAGGUGGAUACGUUGACUACGUACUACCCUCUUGGGAUCGGUCUCAACCUCUGAGCAUCACUCUCAGCGGGAUAGAAGAGCAAGACUCCUUAGAUCUUUUUGUCAUACCGAAGUCGUCUCGGCAAAGAGCGUUACCUAGAGACAAUACCCAUGUGUUUGGCGACUUUUCGACUGCGGAACAUGGAGCCAAAAUCAUUAUUAUAUCGCCUACCAAUGUCGAAAUGGACGGGGCGGAAUCAAUCCUCAUAUCUGUUCAUGGCUAUCCUCUCCAGGGUCAGAGUGGCAGUGAGCCGAUACCCUACGUAAUCCGAGCCAAAAGCGGCACACGGACAAGCACAAACGGUGAUAAUCACAUGGACGUCGAUAGCGAAGAGCAUUCCCCCGAUGACGAGCAAUGUCGCAACUGCAAACAAUGGGUUCCCAAAAGAACAAUGGUUUUACACGAAAGUUUCUGCCGGAGGAACAACAUCACAUGCCCCCAGUGUGCCGCUGUCUUCAAGAAAGAUUCAGAAGAGUGGCAUUCACACUGGCACUGUGAAUACGAUUCAGCCAAGGGCAAUUCACGCGCCAGCAAGUCCAAACACGAUCACAUAUUCCACGAAGAACAUCACUGCCAGGAUUGCGAAUUCACGACCAAUUCGCUGUCCGAUUUAGCGAGACAUCGAACCUCCGUAUGCCCCGGAAAGAUCAUACUAUGUCGAUUCUGCCACCUUGAGGUUCCACAAGAAGGCGAUCCGUUCAACCCCUCGCCAGAAGUUGUCUUAUCCGGCCUAACGGCCCACGAACUCGCAGAUGGCGCUCGUACCACUGAGUGUCAUUUGUGCGACAAGAUUGUCCGCCUUCGUGAUAUGGAAACACACAUGAAGCACCAUGAGCUCGAUAAGGUGAGCCGAGAAAAGCCAGAGAUAUGCCUCAACGUAAAUUGCGGUCGAACUCUGCACGGUGUCGGACCAAGGGGCCAGAUCGGUGCCGGCACAGCACAGGGUCAGGGCCCCGGGAACGAGAUCGGCCUUUGCUCUAUAUGCUUUAGCCCCCUGUACGCCAGCAUGCAUGACCCCGAGGGAAAGGCUCUGAAGCGGCGGAUCGAAAGAAAGUACCUCGGACAAAUGAUGACUGGCUGUGGCAAGGCUCACUGCGCAAAUGAGUGGUGUAAGACUGGCCGGAAGAACAUUGGUCUGGAAGCAAAAGGCGCUUCGGCAUCAGCAGCUUCGCCCCUGGUGAAGCCGCUGCUAGCAAUGAUUGGGACUCCAGAUGGACACAUGUAUUUUUGUGUGGAUGAGGUGAAUCAGAAGAGGCGCAAGAUUGCUGAAUUGCUGGCCGCUGAGAAAGUAUGGGACCUGGAGUGGUGUGUUGCUGCUGCGGAGGCGGAGAAGGGGAACGUGGAUAGGAUGAGGGAUUGGUUGCAGGCUUGGGCUCCGAGGAAGUGA